AUGAGCACGCCCUUCCAAAUUCCGGUCCCAGCGCACACGCUCGCAGAAUCUAUGCUUUCGCGGCGCUUUGGUCGGGAAACAGCGAACUAUUUCUCCAGCUCCCCCAUAAACAGACUGUCAUUUCUGCGCGAUGAUCAUAAAUUUCUUUCUACGGCCCUGAAGCAUCCUUCUACACAGUUCGUCUUGCUGAAUAACCUCGCCCCGCUCACUCGUUCCCCUUCCGAGUUAUACUAUGCCAAGUAUGAGGAAUUGCGCAAGCUUAUCCCUCAGGAUAUCUUUGAUCAACCUGAAGAAGAAAUGAUCAAAGCGUUUGACUCGCGGAAAACAAACCCGAACUUGAUCUUCCUCGGUUUGGAUGAGAGUCGCAAGGAGACAAAUGGCUUCGCUCACAAGAUCUACUCCGGUGCCCCCUGUUUCGCCGUUGAUGUUACACCUAGAGGAUCCGAGGCGCAGCAGACUGCAGCCAAGGACAUUAUUAGUACAAUGGAAUCAAAGGGCCUUUCGUUCUUCCAGGCUAGAAUCGUUACGACCUUUUCCCCAGAUGAAGCCGCCAUAUAUGCCCAGGCACGCGCUUUGACUGAUUGGAAUAACCGCAACACUUUCUGUGGCACUUGUGGUAACCCCACCCUUUCAGUAAACGCAGGAACCAAGCGCACCUGUCCACCUACAGACGCCGCCCGCAUUUCUACAGGCCAACCCCAAGAGCGCCCUGCCUGUACAACCCGCACGACGCUUUCAAACCUGUGCUUCCCUCGCACUGACCCGACCAUAAUUGUGGCCGUCCUCUCCGCCGAUGGCAAGCGUGUCCUGCUCGGCCGGUCUAAGCGCUUCCCUCCAAGCCUGUACUCGACCCUAGCAGGAUUCAUCGAGCCUGCGGAGUCAAUUGAGGAUGCCGUCCGUCGUGAGGUGUGGGAGGAGGCUGGCGUGACACUCUCGCGGGUUGUCAUUCAUUCUUCGCAACCAUGGCCUUACCCUGCGAACUUGAUGAUUGGAGCUAUUGCGCAAGUGGCCGAGCCGGCCCACGAGAAGAUCAACCUGGAGCAUGACCCGGAGCUCGAAGAUGCCAAGUGGUUUGAUAUCGCGGAGGUGGAGGAGGCUCUGCGUAUUGGGACGGGUGAUCUGAGUGCUGGACCUGGUCCAGAGUACAAGGGUGGCUUGAGACUGCCGCCGCCGACGGCGAUUGCGAACCAGUUGAUUCGUUCGGCAGUCAGCAAGGAUUAUUUCAACCCCGAAGAGAAGGCUUCUAAGAUGUGA